AAGCCAGACUAUACGGCGCGGCGGGAAAUUUAGACACAGAAUAGAGCUCAUGGUAAAGACGCAGGCGCGUUGACGGUAAAGGAAUUCACACAUUUGAAAAAGCCGGCUGUCAGCUGUGCGGUUGUCCGCAAAGCUAAAGUUUCUCUGAAAAAGUGCCCGAAAAUCGCGAUACAUUGCUGCAUUUUGAAUGGAAUUAUAAACUGAAUUAAUAAAUUUGAAAAAUUGAUGAUGCCAAAAUAUUGGAACAAAGAUUGUAGAGUGUAGUGAGAAAAGGUGUUUCGAGCUUUCAAUCAAGUUUCUGUAUUUUUUACAGGAACUCCACUAGAAGAAUUGAAAAUGGCGUCUUGGGGAAUCCUCACGCUAAUAUGCGUUGCGUUCAUCUUUGUCGAUGCCAGACGGUUUCAUCAAAAACGCGAAACCAAAACUCACCUCUGCGAUCAGAUCUACAACAGCACAAGUAAAAUUCAGUGUUUUUGCAUCAAGGACUCCCACCAUCACGAUUUAAUACGCAGUGCUGAUUGCUAUUUGACAGUUGAUGGAGUGACAAAUGAAGAUCCAAUAUGGAACUCAUUUGAAGAUCUAAAAAAUGCUACCAAAAUAUCGCUAAGCAAUACAAGAGGGAUCGUAAUAAAAUACAUCCCUAAAACUGCUCUGCAGCACACGAAAGCAUUAACAAAAAUUGAAGUGAAGUAUGGAAAUAUUGAGGUCAUUGAACCGUUUGCCUUCGCGAAUUUGAGUUCCAUAAAAGGUAUCACACUGACAGACAACCAGAUUAAAGUAUUAAAACCCAAUGCAUUUGCUCAUCUAAGAAACUUACUGACCAUUGGUUUGGACACAAAUAUGAUCAUAGAAAUAAACAGAGACGUGUUCAUAGAUUUACCAUCGCUCGAAAAGAUUUAUCUCACAAGUAAUAAGAUAACAACCAUUCACGACAAAGCGUUUGUACAUCUGUCAAACUUAAGAGAACUAGAAAUUGAUCGAAAUAAUUUGUUCAGUUUGAACAGUGAAACGUUUUCAGGAUUGGAAAAGUUGGAAAAGCUUGAUAUGAGUGGUAACAGUUUAGAAGUUAUUGGCGAUAACACAUUUGCGCCAUUGAAAAAUUUACGUUUGCUAAAUUUAGAGGGGAACAAAAUACAAAUGCUCGACGAAAAAGCUUUCAACGGACUUGCUAAAUUACAGUUUUUGACCUUAGCCCACAAUGGACUCAUAGAUAUAGAUAAUGUAAAGACAUUUAAAGGCUUAAAAUCUUUAGUUCAAUUAAAUUUGAAAGGAAAUAAGUUGAAAGCACUUAAAGCGGAAGUAAUGGCGCCAAUAUUGCACAAUUUUCACAGUAACAUCAGCAGUUUAAACGUUGAAGAUAAUAACUUCACGUGCGAUUGCCGUCUUGAUUGGUUUGUUUCUCUUAUGAACAAAACGCAAAGCGCUAAUCUGAAGCUAGCUGUUGAAAACCUGAAAUGUACACCUAGUGCUGAGCUAAAAGAAAAAUGGAUGAAAGCUACAGAAACAGAGAAGACUCCAGCCCAGGAUACAGAUUACGUGGAACCUAACGCAGCCGGUGGCGACUACGAAUACUAUGAUGAAACGCAGCUAAAUGGACAACUAUUCUAUACAGACAUAAGACUUCUUCUCAAUUGUGACAAAAGCUUAAAUAAUAUGCCUAUGAUGACAACAAUUGCAACAUUGACCAGUCUAAAACCUAGUACAAAAGAAUUAGCAGAAAUCAUGAAAGUCAGCACAAUUAAAGUAUCAACGACAAGGCCAAUGGAAUUAACUGACGGCACCACUCAUAAAGUAACAAACAAAGGCCUUUUAGAUUUAUCGAUUGAAUCGUCUACUGUUGGAUUAGAAACAUCUCAAAGAACUGGCAAUGAAGUUGUUCAGAAUAAGGAGAAAAAGGCUAAUUUGUAUACAACGAGUCGUUUAGCUACAGUAUCAGCUAAACCGAUAGAAAAUAAAGUAUUUUACGACCAACACAUGGCGUCAGAUGAGGCCCAACCGGAAAAAGUUAAGGCACAAAGAAGUGUAGAUGAAAUUAAGGAUUCUAGAGAUAACACUACUAGUAACGCACAUAGAAACGUAGGCUAUUUCUUUAUGCUUUUAAUGUUAUGUAUUAGAUACAUCUUCUAAACUAAGCUACUAAUAAAUAAGUUAUUUUUAAUUAAUACUCUAAUUUUAUCUCUUGCAGUCAUUAAUAUAUUAAAUAAAAAAUAAGUUAUAAGAU